AUGCUUGAUUCCCUGUACGGAAAUUUGCUUGGCGCAGAUACAUCUGCUGCAGACAAGCAAAAGGGUGAAGGAGAUGAUAUUUUUGCUGAGCCCAAGGCAGCUGCCCCUGCUGCUGACAAGCCAGUUGAAAAGAAGAUGGAGGACAAAGGUCCUCCCAGCAGCGCUCCACUUCCACAGACCUUCUCAGCCGCGAAGCUGAUGAUGCCACCUGUGCGGAAGAAGGUGGAGCCAGUAAGGAAGCCAUCCAUGCCAGCCUUGGACCUCUCAAAGCUGGCUGCAGAGAAGGAAGCCCUCAUGAAGCAAAGAGCAGCAGCUGAGACCAGCAGAGCACAGGCUUCACAGGUGUCCACUUCUGCGCCCAGCUCUGCCCGACCACCUGAAAGUGAUGGGUCUCCGGUGCAAGCAGCGCUGAGCGAGCCGAUAGCUGCCAACCUAUUUGGCGACCCCAAUGAGGAGUACGAUCCUGCCAAGCCCAACGACUACGAUGAGUUCUGUCGUCGCAGGAUGAGGCAAAAAGCCGAGGAGGAGAUGGAGAAAAGACGGCAGGAUGCUCUCGCUCGACAACAACAAAGCAACAAGCCAGCUCCACCCAAAGAGGACGACUUUGCAACAAAGAUGAUGAAGAAAAUGGGUUGGAAGGAGGGAGGUGGUCUUGGAAAGGAGGGGCAAGGUAUGGCAAAUCCUUUGGUCAUGCAGAAGACUGACCAGAAAACUGGCCGCAUUGUUGAGGGGAGCUCGAAAAGGGAGGCACCAUCACCACCUCAAGGUCAGCCAGAUCAAAAACAGGCCAAAGCCGCACCAACCCUGCCCCCAACACGGGUGCUGUUGCUGAACAAUAUGGUUGGCGCAGGUGAUGUUGAUGAGGACCUUGAAGAAGAAACAGCCGAGGAGGCCAGUAAGUAUGGCAAGCUCAAAAAGUGCGUCGUCAAAGAGCUGUCUGGCAAAUCCGACGACGAGGCCGUUCGGAUAUUUUUGGAGUACGAGGACGUUGCGGCUGCUACAAAGGCUUUUGCGGACCUCAACGGCCGAUACUUCGGAGGGAGGACGGUACGAGCCCGCUUCUUUGACGAGAAGCUCUUCGCGCAGGGACAAUUUGAAGCAGGAUGA